AGUACAAAUUUAAAAGCCAUCGAUUCUCUUGUCUUGUUGUCUCUUUGCUUGUUAAUUAUUGUUUCUAGUUCUUUUGAUGAUGAUCACUCCAAGAAACUUCAAAGAAACGCUCGGAUAAGAGAGCUCCAUAUAUCAACAAGCUCUGAUCUGAUGUCCAUGUAAGUGAUCAAGUUCUGUUUCUGGAACAGUCCUCAUGAAUCAGUACUUAAGCUUUUAGCCUUAAACUUCAUCUAAUAGUUACAGGUGGGUGUAUUUAGUUUUGGAUUUUGAUGGGUAAAUUAGACAAAACUAAUAAUUGUUUUCAGGAAAGAUCCGUUGUGUUCAAUAGGAACCUGAGCUCCUUUCAGGUUGUGAUGGAUCAAAUUCGGGGUUUGCGGUUCCUAGGCCAAGCAAGAACUUGUAGAGUUGUUCUUCUCAUGGUUCUAGUUGUUGCCUUAGUUUUAGGCCUUCAGUAUUUCGAACUCGCUCCAUUAUCUAUUGUUUCACAUGGAAACGGCAACGUUUCUGAGUUCAGGGAAUCCAAUGGUACCACCAAAAGUGCUGAAAAUAAAACGUUUCUGGCAUCUCAACAAGCAUCGUCUGGAUUCAAACCGUAUAAUAGCACAACUAAAGUCUUGAAGAGUAUUGAGCACAAGUUUCUGAAUGAUUCUCCCAAAACAGAAGCUUCUCAGCGAAGUAGAGGCAAUGAAACCACUAGUUCUGUACAUUCUCUUCAACCCAAAAAUCCUCGAAUCCACAAGAAACAUGAGGAGAGCCAGAGGAACAUCAAAAAGCCACCUUUAGUUGUCAUAUCAAUAACCCAGAUGAACAAUAUGUUAUGGAAGCGGCAUAACGAUCCAAAAAAUUCACUUAAACCUCGUUGGGGAUCAAAAGUGGACGAAGAGCUUAAAACUGCUAGAGACAAGAUCAAGAACGCAGCUUUGGUUAAGAAGGAUGAUACCCUUUAUGCGCCUCUCUACCAUAACCUAUCCAUAUUCAAAAGGAGCUAUGAGCUAAUGGAGCAGACUCUAAAAGUGUACGUCCAUGCAGAAGGGGACAGACCAAUCUUCCAUCAGCCAGAGGCAAUGAUGGAAGGGAUUUACGCAUCAGAAGGAUGGUUUAUGAAACUAAUGGAGAGUAGCCAUAGGUUCUUGACGAAAGACCCAACCGAAGCUCAUCUUUUCUACUUGCCUUUCAGUUCCAGAAUGCUUCAACUGAAACUUUACGUUCAUGAUUCUCAUAGUCGUAGAAACCUUGUUAAGUAUCUCAGGAACUACAUCGAUCUUAUCUCUUCCAACCACCCUUUCUGGAAUAGAACUCUUGGCUCUGAUCAUUUCUUCACCGCUUGCCAUGAUUGGGCUCCAGCUGAGACUAGAGGGCCAUACAUGAACUGCAUUAGAUCACUCUGUAAUGCUGAUGUCGGAGUAGACUUCGUGGUCGGAAAAGACGUCUCGUUGCCGGAAACGAAAGUCUCUUCGGCACAAAACCCAAACGGAAAAAUUGGAGGUAACCGUCCAUCCAAGCGAACCAUCCUCGCCUUCUUCGCCGGGAACCUACACGGUUACGUCAGACCCAUCUUGCUCAACCAUUGGUCUUCGAGACCCGAGCCAGAUAUGAAGAUCUUUAACCGGAUCGAUCACAAAUCAUAUAUCCGGUACAUGAAACGAAGUAGGUUCUGCGUUUGCGCUAAAGGGUACGAGGUGAAUAGCCCUAGAGUGGUGGAGUCGAUUCUUUACGGUUGCGUUCCGGUGAUUAUCUCUGAUAACUUUGUGCCACCGUUUCUUGAGAUUCUGAACUGGGAAUCUUUCGCUGUGUUUGUGCCGGAGAAGGAGAUUCCAAACCUGAGGAAGAUUCUUGUAUCGAUUCCGGUGAGAAGAUACGUGGAGAUGCACAAGAGGGUGUCCAAGGUUCAAAAACAUUUCAUGUGGCAUGAUGAUGAACCGGUUCGGUAUGAUAUAUUUCAUAUGAUUCUUCAUUCCGUUUGGUAUAACCGGGUUUUUCAGACGUUUUAGCCAUAUGGUUUCACCAGGAUUAUAUAAUAAAGUUGGAUUGUUACCUCAAUUUACUUCAAAUUCGGAUUGUAGAUAACUCAUUAUUUUUAUGUUUUUAAAGAUUGAUGAUUCAACAUA